AAGUUUCAAUGAUUUUUUCAAAGAGGUUUUAACUCCUUCAUUGAUCUUUCUAUAUAUACACACAUAAACACAUUCGUUCUAUCAUCAACCAACAACAAGCAAUAUAUCCAAUAACUUGAAUCUUUUCAUCCAUCUUAAUAAGCUUCAAAAACCUUUUCGUACAAAAAUAACAGAUAUGGCUUUGGUGAGAAGUCUAUUGGGUGCAAAGAAGAUUCUAAGCCGCUCCACCGCAUCGGCGGCACCAAAAGGGUUUCUUGCGGUGUACGUAGGAGAGAGCCAGAAGAAGAGAUAUUUGGUGCCGCUCUCAUACUUGAGCCAACCUUCAUUUCAAGCUCUUCUCAGUAAAUCCGAGGAAGAGUUUGGAUUUGAUCAUCCAAUGGGUGGCUUAACGAUCCCUUGUCCUGAAGAUACCUUCAUCAAUGUGACUUCUCGGCUCCAAUGAUCAUGAUGAUCCGACAUUUGGUUCUUCUGAGUUAGAGAUAGACUUGAUCCUUGUAAAUAGAUGAUUUUUUUCUUUCCUUUUUCUCUUUCUUCUUGAAAGAGUUGUUCUCAAAGUUUUGAAAGUGGAUGCCAUUUUUUAUUCAAUAGACACGAGAUCAUGGUCCAUGUUAAUACAUUUUGGAUCGAUUACCGGAAAAAUAAAGGACAACGCCGACUGAAUAACUAUUUUAAUUAUACUUUCUAAAAUCAAGUGAGAGCAUUAUUAAUCUUCUUACCCACUGUCUUAAUUUAGAAAAAUUCUUUCUAAUUCACUUUUCACACUAUCUCUUUUCAAUUUUACCCUUUUCUAUUUACUAUUUUCAUUUAUACCCUCUUUAAAUUUUAAUGACCAUUUUACC